AUGGCACUGUCCUUUCGCACUCCCUCUACCUUGGCUAUCUCCAGUCGGGCGGAGGAGGAUAAGAAAAAUGAACCAGAAAUAUCUACAACAGCCCUGGACUUUGUCUCUGCUCUCACGACCAGCAAAUUCCUAAUACUCGGUUCUGGACUACUGAGGCUCGACGAUAUUACCGUGAGAGUUGCUGGACGCGGUGGCUAUGCAUCCAUUGAGAUUGGUACUGCCAAGCUACCUCACAAACGCCUCGUUGCGGUUAAGCGAAGCCUGAUAAAAUCCGAUCAGAGACUCAACGGGCCUACUGCGUCCGGAAAAGGUUUGGGAAAAGGCUUUGAACAGAUUGUUCGAGAAUUACGCAUUCUGGGCCAUGACAGUAUCAAAAAGCACAACAAUCUGGUGAAUCUGGAGGGUGUCUGCUUGGACGACUACAACGGUUUUCCCUCGCUGGCCAUCGUUAUGGAAUACUCGAGUUUGGGGACAUUGCGUGCCUUUCUCACCGAGAAUGCGAAGAAUAUUUCGCUUGGUGAGCGCGUGGACUUCGUGAUGCAGAGCGGCCGCGGCCUGGAAGCGCUUCACCAGGUCAAGGUUUGUCAUGCAGAUAUUAAGAUCGACAAUGCGCUCGUAUUCAAGUCAUCGACACAUAAAGACGUAGCCUCCGGCUGGACCAUCAGGUUAUCAGACUUUGGUCAGUCUAUCAUCGCGUCGCGAGAUGAUCCUGACGGAAGGGUGUACUGUCGACCUGGAACACCUCUAUUGGAAGCUCCUGAAAUUCGAAGUGGUCAAUCGUUCUCUGACGGGGAUUUCAACAUUCAUGCAGCCUUAAAGACCGAUGUAUUCUCUUUCGGCCUAUUCAUAUGGGAAGCUAUGAAUAAGGGACGACUCUACUUUGAUCCGGCUUGGAUCGAGUCAAGUGAUAGGCCGCUUGAUAUCAACAUGAUGGAGAGCUUCCUUGAUGGCUUGCCUGAAAACGGCCUUUUAUCCCGCGCUAUCGCCUUUGCUAAGGGCUUAGGCCAAGAGGAGAUAGCAGACCUAUUGUCGCGUCUAUUCGAGGUCACUUUGAUCGACGACCCAAAAGCCAGAAAGUCGAUAGGCGACCUAAUGGAGCUGUUCCCGCAGAACGAGAAACAUGUUGACAGUGACACUGACUCAGAUAGCUCGAUCGAUAUCGAAGCUAUCCUCGUCACCCUAGGAUUGGAAAAUGACCACUUCCCAACAUCUUCAAUAGUCUCUUGGGGAACCCGAAAUUCCUUUUACGACUUAGAUCUUCAGGGUAUCGUACUUGGCAACGGUAUUAUAGCUAGUCUGCCCGUGUCUCUCCAGCGAAGCAUCCUCGCUGAGCUCAAAGCUAUGGCGGAUCUUUCACAAGAUAAUGCUGCCGGCCAUUCUGCUAUGACAGUAUCCGAGUGCUACACAAUUGGCUUUGGUGGCUCGCAUGACAUGGGUCAAGUUUUGCACUGGCUUGCAGCUGCAGCUUCCAAGGGCUUUCAUAAAGCUUGUCUACUGUAUCACCGUGUUUGCAGCGGUCUCCGCUUGCCUCCCCGUGAUGUGGAUGGUACUGAUGAGGGGAAGGCUCUUGAUUUGGCCCUUCGAAGUCUACCCACUGAGAAGUACUUGUCAGAAAGGAUCAUCCAUCACUCACGAAUGAUCAUCGAAAGCGCACGGAAUGCCAUGCUACAGAUUGCACCUGUAAAUACUAGAAUGGGGACUUGCAGCCUUUCACUGUUCAAUGAAACCGACAUCGACACCCUUCAACCACUACACGUGGCAUCGUGGCUAGGAGAUGAGUCCCUUGUAUUACAGCUACUCGAGUCUGGCCCGCAGGAUACGCGAUCCCAGUUGGGGCUCAACGCCAUACACUUUGCAUGUCUCGGGGGAAGUCUCUCUGUUCUUAAACUACUAAUCGAGCGCGGCCUUCCACCCUCGGUAGCCGACUUUCGGUCGAUAACUCCCCUGCAUCUAGCGAUCUUCUUUACUUCAAAGGACCUACCUGCCGCUGUACAACUUCUCAUUCAGAGUGGUUGCUCGGUGGAAGCUCGUGCAAAUAGUGUCAACUUCGAAGCACAUGACUUGUUGCUUAGUGGGACGCCGAUUGAGUGGGCGAUUGGGUCACGUAACAUAACAUUCGUUCGCCUUCUUCUCACACACCAUGUACAGCCUCCCGACCCUGUUUGGCUCCAUAUAGCCAUAGUUGACUAUUACUGGGAGAUUUUAGAAGACCUUUUGCCUCUUUUCUUACCCACAGCGAUUGCCUUACCUGAUAGCCACGCUACCUUACAUGUAGCACAGAGGCCAUUUCUUCAUUGGAUUGCCCAUGGGAAAGACUACCACGAGGCAAUCAAGGGGACAGUCCAGAUAUGCAGCGACAAUGGUCUUCUGAGUUGUUCAACGGAUGGAACAUCCUAUCUAAGUCUUUUGAUAGACGAUCUACGGACCGAGGGGGAUUUCGCGAUGUUCAACGCCGCCUUGGACGUCUCGACACCUGAAGACGUGCGAAAGAGGAGGGCGGGCUUUUUGGACGACCCCCUGAUAGUCAGUGCAUUCCAACACAACGCCCAAAAGGAUGCCUUUCGUGAUAUCUUGAUCAAGCUCACUGGUUACUAUACACUCGAUGAGCUUGAAGAUGGUCGCAUGUGUCGAGGAGGCAGCCUCCUUGGUCAGGCUGUCGAACACGAUAACGUCAUGGGGGCACGUAUCUUACUCGAAAAGGGUGUCGACGUGAAUAAGACCUUCGUGAUUGGCGGCAUUAUACUCACAAACCCAAUUCAAGAAUGUCUUGCCAGCAGAUCCUCACCAGAGAUGCUAUCGUUGUUGGUACAAUAUGGCGCUGAUCUUCUUGCCAAAAGCCCUAUGACUGGGCUGACACCACUUCACGCACUAUUGACCGGUCGGAUGCAGGUGAAAGAUAUUCUCGAUAUUCUUUCCCAUCAUCAGCAGCCCGACCAAGUAUUUAUCGAGGCAUUACAUAGAAGCUUCGGUACUCUGCUCAUAUUGUCUAUGAGAUAUGAAGCCGGGAUGUCUUCGAAUGAGCGGGAUAGUAAAAGCUUUCGACUACGAAACGACCUGCAGGAGCAAUUCUGUCAGCUACUUCGUGACUCUAGGUUCUCAAAGUUUAUCGAUGCGCCUCAACAUGAGGAUGGACCUACAAUGCUUCAACAAGCAGCGUAUCUUGCCCAACCGUUCUUGGUCAGUCUCCUCCUUGAGGCAGGGGCUGAUGGAACUCGACGAUUGAAGCGCGAUGACGAUAUGGUAUUACCGCUUGACCUUGCAUGCAUGACGGGCCGGGGACUAUACGCUGCCAAAGUAGCAGGCAUUGACAGCACGGAGGGAUUCGCCCAUCUCAGCAUUGAUGACGCGUUGGAGGUCGCGACAGAUUUGCUGCAGUGGCAUCUGGCUCGCAAUGACGGUAUUUUUGAGGGUACCACACAGCUACACCUCGCAAGCCGUAUAUUCCAUGAAGAGGCCAUGGCAAAAUUCAUCCAACAAGGACAGAGUAUGAUGGCAAAAGGUCGAUGGCCUGGGGUUGAGUAUACGGUAACGCCAAGAGAGCUUGCUCUUCUCCCUGUUCAUGACAAGGAGGUUGUUUCUUAUGCAGAUCUCAUUCCACAAUUUCGAGACGAGCUACUUGGGGAAGAAGCUAUGGAGCUUGUACGUGAAUCUCUACAAGACAGAAGGUCAUCAGAGGAUAGCUCAUCAGUAGAUACUGAAGAUUUAGAGUACUAA